AUGACUUUAACCAAUUUCUCUUUUUUCUCCGCCUUCAUCCUAGGAUUGGCAGGACUAUCUUUCAACCGCACACACCUAUUAUCGGCCCUUUUAUGCUUAGAAGGUAUGAUAUUAUCUCUUUAUUUAUCAUUUUCCCUUUGAGCACUCACCCUUGGUGCCACUAACUUUUCAUCAGCACCCAUAUUUUUAUUAACCUUCUCAGCCUGUGAGGCAAGCACCGGCUUAGCAUUACUUGUAGCUACAGCACGGACUCAUGGCUCAGAUCACUUAAAAGCCCUUAAUCUCCUCCAAUGCUAA